CCACAGCGACCGCCGAGGAUAUUACGCUGGGAGUUGAUUGGCUAACGAAAUUUGGCUAUCUGCCCCCUCCGGAUCCCGUCACGGGACAACUGCAGACCCAAGAAGAGCUCACCAAGGCCAUCAUGGCCAUGCAACAGUUCGGGGGACUCGAAACCACAGGCAUUCUAGACAAAGACACGCUGAAGUUGAUGAAAACCCCUCGGUGCUCUCUACCUGACCUAGCUGAAUCAGAGGCCAGGAGGAAGCGGCACGCGCAGGCAGUGACCAAGUGGAACAAAAGGAAUUUAUCUUGGAGGGUCCGAACGUUCCCCAAAGAAUCCCAUCUGGGCCACGACACUGUCCGCGCCCUCAUGUACUACGCCCUGAAGGUGUGGAGUGACAUCACGCCAUUGAACUUCCAUGAAGUCGCGGGCAACAACGCCGACAUUCAGAUUGACUUUUCCAAAACCGAUCAUAAUGAUGGAUACCCUUUUGAUGGCCCCGGCGGCACCGUGGCACAUGCUUUCUUCCCUGGGGAACACCAUACCGCUGGGGACACUCACUUUGAUGAUGAUGAAUACUGGACUUUCCGAUCAUCAGAUACCCAUGGGAUGGAUCUGUUUGCAGUAGCGGUCCAUGAGUUUGGCCAUGCCAUUGGCUUGACGCACAUCUCUGCCAUAGAGUCCAUCAUGAGACCAUACUACCAGGGACCUGUUGGGGAUCCCUUGAAAUAUGACCUCCCUUACGAAGAUAAAGUCCGAAUCUGGCAGCUGUACGGGGUUAGAGAGUCAGUAUCCCCGACUGCAAAACCCGAGAUCUCGAAAACCAAUGACCAUCCGAUGUUGCCAGACCUGCCAGAGAAUCGUUCCACUGUUCCGCUCCGGAGGGACGUGCCCAACAGGUGCAACACUCACUUUGAUGCCGUGGCCCAGAUCCGAGGCGAGGCAUUCUUUUUCAAAGGGAAAUACUUCUGGAGACUGACGCGCAACAAGCACUUGGUCUCGCUUCAGCCGGCUCAGAUCCAUCGUUUCUGGAGGGGGUUGCCUCUAAACCUGGACAGCGUGGAUGCGGUGUAUGAGAGAACCCACGACCAUAAAAUCGUGUUCUUCAAAGGAAACAGAUACUGGGUGUUCAAAGACAAUAACGUGGAAGAAGGUUACCCUCGGCCAAUCUCGGAUUUCGGUUUGCCGCCGGGAGGCGUCGACGCCGCGUUCUCCUGGGCCCACAACGACAAGACGUAUUUCUUUAAGGACAGUCUCUACUGGUGCUACGACGACCGCCAGCGAAGGAUGGAUCCGGGCUACCCGUCGGAGACCAUGCCGUGGAAAGGGGUUCCCAGCAGGCUGGACGACGCCACACGGUGGUCGGACGGGGCCGCCUACUUCUUCAAGGGCAAAGAAUACUGGAAAGUCCCGGACAGCGACCUGGAAGCUGAGCCGGGUUCCCCGCAAUCCAUUGCCAGGGACUGGCUGGUGUGCAGCGACAUGCAGGCGGAUUCUCCCGAGCCAGCCGAGAGCACCAGAACAGGGCUGCGUUCCAAGCAGGGACAGCACGACGAGAGCCGGUCCGAAAGCGAGGUCUGCUCCUGCACCUCUUCCUCCUCCGUCCCCUUCUCCCCGCGCUCCUUCCUCAGACUCUGCGCAGGCCUCACGUUGGCCAGGCUUUGGACAGCGGCUUGGCUCCACGGACCUCUAUGA